UCAUGGGCUUGAAAUGUGUUGAAAGUUAUUGCUUAAGAAUUUAGUUCAAGGUUUCUUGAAAUUUAAAAUGAUAAUUACUGACUUUUGUGUUGGAAAGUUUUUGACUCUCAGCAAUCUAGUCAAGUGAAUUUUCAGGUCCUAAUAAACACAAGUAGAGGUGGUUCCGGGGGCCCAUCUCUACUAUUAGCCCAUUAGUUUUACCUAUGACCAUGACAACAAACCAAAACUCAGAUUUUGGGAUAAUUGGAGGCAGAAGCGGACUGGCCCACUGGGACACCGGGAAAUUUCCCGGUGCGCCCUUUACCCCUAAGUUAUUUUUUCAAAAACUUGAAAACCUUCAAAAGGCAACUAACCUUCGGAUAAAACUAUAACUGAUUACAAUCAUAAAUUGACCUCCUGUCUAAAGUACGUUUCCAUGAAAAGUUUAGAAAAUUCAUUGAAGACGAAGUUUUCAUCAGCAAUUUUUGCAAGAUUUUUGAGAACCUUGAGAAAAACAUAUUUUGUUUUGAAAAUGGCUUUGAAAAAAGCAAAACAAUUUAAACAUAUCAAAUCUUUUUCGUCUGAAACUUUUCAGAGCAUAUAACGUUAGAAUAAACGUCCAAAAGAACAAGAUGGAGAAUUCGAUCCACAAAUGGGUAUUUAUUCUCCAUCUUGUUCCAUCUUAUUCUUACGUUUCUAACUCUAAAGAGAUUCAGAUGAAAAAGCUUUUAUUUCUUAAAAUCUUUUGCUUUUUUUAAAGCCAUUUUUAAAUUUCGCAGCGCCAAAAAAAUGUUCAUAUUUUUUUUAUUGGCAGCAGUUAAUGUGGUAGCAGCCAGAAAGCCUACUCUCACUUCCAACCCUCAUUAGCUUUUAAUUUUUCCAAGCAAGUGCGCAAUUCUUGAAUUAAUUCGAUAUCUGUUGAGGGGGUAGUAGGGGUUUUCACUAGCUAACUCGCGCACUGUUUGUGAAACCCAUGACUUUUGACUAACCAUAUUAAUUUUUUGACUUAUGACUAAUGCGAAUUAUUUCGAGUAUCUGAUAUCGAAUAACUGAGAGGGCUCGCGCAUUGGAAAAAUUAAUUGAGCACUACCCUGUGCUCUUUCAAAUCAAUCAAAAUAGUUAUAACUGGAUAAAAUUAUCGGUGUGUUGGCCAUUGGGUAUGGUAACGUUCGGUCAUUACGUAAUCAAAGAUGGGUUAGUGAGGGGGGGGGGGGGAUUUCACAAACGGUAACAGUCAUUAUGGUUAUUUCUUAAAGCUUGUUAAAAUAAUUAUUCAGGGAGAAGGGGGUUUUUCAAAUAAUGCUGUUUUUGAUGACAUAAUAUGUGCAUAUUCAUUGUCUUGUCUCUCUUGAAUAAUAGUCCUUUUUCUUUGGGCCACAAACUUAAUAGUGAGAACUGCUCUAGGUAUGAUAAAGGACAAUACUUUCUCAACGUCCUGUUGUUGGCAAGCUAUUUUACUUUGCGAUUCAACUAAAAUCUCCUAUGCAUCAUGCUUUUUGUACGUUACAACCAGGAGUUCUGUACCCUAAAAAACUAUGACUAAUUGAAGCCAAAAAUCUCGACAACUUUUUAAAAACUCUAUGCAAAAUUUAUUGAGGAUUGAUGCCCUCGUGUAAGAACCUUCUGUAAACUUAAUGAAAAGUUAAACCGGCUGUUUUGAUGAAACUGGUUUCAAAUUUUAUUAUUAAAAUAUUCCGGAAUAGAGACUGUGUCUUUUCUUAAGAAAUUCUUUAUCCAUUUUACCAUGUCUACGCACAGUUUGUCAUACCGAAGGAGCCAUCAAUCUGCAAACUCAUCAAUUUGCGCAAAACGGAUGGCAGCAAGAUCUCUUAAAUUCCAUUUGUCCAAGAUAUGUUAUCAGAUAUCUUUCGGACAAGUCUACGGUUUAAAGCACAUGUUCAAUACCUGAUCAUAAAUGAUAUCUUUUGUAAAUGAUUUGCAACUGUAGCGUGGAAGCAGGAGCAAUACAGUCAUUAGGCUAGCAGGUGUUGAGGCACCUCUUUACUUCUUUUCAAAGAUAUGCUGCAAAACUUUCGAAAAUUUAUGAGAAUGAUGUCAUGUAUUUCGUCAAAUUUUUAAAGAUUUCGAGAUAGAGUUUAAUCGAAAAGAGUUUCGUCUCCUAGGCCAGAGAAGUUGUUUUCUUUGUAAAAUUAUGAAAAAAGUGUCUCGCUAGCUGAAAAAUGGCUUUGGGCUUUGGUCCAACUUUCAAAAUCUAUCAUUUGAUAACAUCAUUUCAUGCAUGAAAUUGAGGAAAAUACGUCACUUGAUACCUACAAAUUUGACCAGCCGUGUAGACGUUUCAAAUAUAGUCAAUUUGACAGAGAGUCUUCUUCAUGCCAAUGCCAAUCGUGAAUAAAAAGCUUUGAUUUUCGACAUGGGGCAUGUUCUGACAUUCUAAAUAGGGUGAUUUAGAAAAAUUUCCGAGGGCCAGCCCCUGACCCCCCGUUUCGUUUCUUAUGACAGUGUUUGCAACAAACUGAUUCUCAGGUAAAGCAAAGUUUUUCCGAGCCAGUUUUACAAGACCCAAAGUUAUGCAACUUAAGCACCUAUUGGCGCCCUUUUGGCUAUUUUUCACGGUUGGUCAAACGGUUGCCAGUCCGCCACUGGUUGGAGGGUCAUGGUAGCCAACCUUCUGAUGGAAGAUGGUACCGGAUGAUGAUGAAUAAACACCUGUAGCACGUUCUGAGCAGUUUUUGACAAAAAUUGAACGCUCAUUAUAGAAACAAAACAUUUCACUUUGGUGACAAGUUGCUUCCUGCACUGUGAAAUUUCUAUCACAAAACUUCCUUGAAAUUUGUUUGAAACGCCAAAAUAAAAAAUGUUCCAGACAAUCUAGAAAUUGUCUGCUUGUAUAAACCUUUUGUCUGUUUGUGUAAAAAACCUUGAACUAGAAAAGUCAUAUAAAAAUACCCUCAAAUGUUGUUUUUCAUUGUGAUGCUAUGCGUAGUCCGUAGCACCAUACGUAAUAAUGUUUUCCUCAACCAAUAAUCUAAGAUGUUUAAGAAAUAUUUUACUAAUAUUCAGAUUGCACUCUCAGAAGCUAGGAGAUAUAGUCCUGAAAUUUGGUGCUCUAAAAAAAUAAAACGGUAACUCUAGAAUCAAGUGUCUGCUACGAUUAAUAACGAUAAAAAAUAUGUCUAUAAUCAUUGCCAAUAAACGUGAUCUUGUAAUUUUACAAUCUGUUUGCAUGAAAACAAUAUCCCAGGCUUAGAGUAGACGGAAGAAGUCUCAUCUAGUUUGUUCUGAUUUGAUCUUGUUUGAUUUAGUCUGCUAUGAUUCGAUUUUGUUUGAUUUAGUCUGCUAUGAUUCGAUUUUGUUUGAUUUAGUCUGCUAUGAUUCGAUUUUGUUUGAUUAAGUCUGCUUUGAUUCGAUUUUGUUUGAUUUAAUCCGAUCUGACUUGAUCUUGUUUGAUUUAUUCCGAUCUACUUUGAUCUAGCUCGAUCACGUAGAAUAUUCCUGUUUUAAAAAUGUGAUGUAACUAAACAUAGUUUAUGUCACUAUGUAAUGAAUUAUUUACAAUAAUGAUGCUAAUGAAACUUCAUACCAUGAAUCAUAUUCACUAGCAUAUUUAUUGUAUCUAGGUAUAGAUUUUCCGCAAGUUAGCAGGUGGCAACAUCUUCCAUUCAUUUCUCUCGAGAAAUUAGAAUGCACUGUCUCGUUAAAUGGCCCUAACGUACCGCAAAAGAAUAGCUAAACAGUUUUCGCAUGCAGAUCAUUUACAAUGACGAAGGCGAAAAACAGAUGUUCAGGUAUACCUGGUUGAUAUUGUAGCGCCUUUAUUUUGGUAAAGACAGUCAGUCCGUACAGGUGAGCAUGCUUUAAAUAAUGACGUUAACAUUAUACAAGUCAUAAUGUCUUAUUUGUCUGAUAUCUAGUUUGAACCCACUCCACUAUAGUUAUGCUUUGUCACUUAUUUUAUUAGAAAUUUCGGAUGUUAUAAGGAAUGCACAUAAUUGCUAUAUUUCUCUGAAAAGUUGCAAGAACUUCUAAUUUUCAUAAUGGUACUUCUUAGAAUUGCUGAGCAAGGAAGGUCAACUUUUCCUUAUGGAUGUUACAAUCUGUUUACAUUAAAACAAAAGAAUAAAAAUUCGAGUAGACAGAAAAUUUUAAUUUUCCUUCUUAGACCCAGUUUACACGGGCUCGAUCCAAGCCGGGAUCUAUUCCAGGCUGGUACAGAUCAGCCUGCCGUUUACACGGGAACGCUCGGGAUCGAUCCGCUAUCCGUGCUACUUUGGGAUCGCUUUCGAGGGCGUUCCAGUUUGGGAUCGAUCCCGCUUCAUUAAAAGGCUCGAAAUUGAUGGGGUCAGUCCCGAAUUGGCACGGAUAGGAAUUCUCCAGAUUGAGGUGCUUUGAACACGGUGUUCUACAUUUAGUCAGAUCUUGCGCACCCUCUUCGCCCACCAGAUGGGAAAUAAAAAACAAGACGGGGGAAUUUUUUUUAUCACGAGUUUAUUUAUUAAUUUAGCGAACAGGCUCCAACCUAUGAUGUUUUUACUCCAUCGUUAUAUUCAGGAGAAGGGCUAUUUUCAUCGCAACACAUUUUGUUGCUACCUUUCAAAUUCGAAGCCAUUUUCUUCUUAGCCUACCUAUAAAUUUAACAGCAUUUUCUUUCUGUCGUUGAUGGCAUAAGCAAUACUCUUGACCAUUCCUUUCAAAAGGGCUUAGAAAGCCCUGCAGUCCGAUCCGGGAUCGAUCCCGUGUAAACACAAUAUUUCUUUGGAUCGAUCCCGUGUAAACGCUUGCGAAAUUUUUGGAUCACUCCCAAUCCAGAUUGAUCCUUUUUCACCGUGUAAACAGGGUCUUAGACUGUUCAACUCAGGGCUGGCGAAACCGGGGGCCGGGAGGGGGCCAUGGCUAAACAAACAUUUUAGGCAAAAGUGGAAUAAAUGUAGUAUAUGAUUCUGUGAGUAACUUUGCCUGGUAUUCUUAUAAAUGUGUCCUUAGCUUUACCUUGGUUGCUAUGUCUUUACCAUAGAAGACAUACAUAAAAUUGAAGAUGGGAAUUAGAUUGAAGAAAUCGGUCAUUGUCUAAGUUUUACAACGAUUAACAGCUUGGCUUAGCAAAUAGAUCGAGAAACCUAGUCCAGAAUAUCUUGGUGCCAGCACAAAUUGACAGAGUUUCGUUUUUUCCAUUGCCUAAACUUGGCACGCAAGGUCUAUUUGUUAACGACAACUUUCUCAGAAACAUUACAAAAAGAGAGAAAUCAGCUGUUGAAGAAAAAGAAACAGCUGGAAAGAACUUUUUUGAGUAUAUGAGAAAUAAAGUAUGGGCAGAUUUGCUCUUAAAAAGAUCAUUAAGAAAAUUUCAGAGUUUGAUCGUUUGGAUAAUCCAUUCCUACUAAGAAAGAGAAAAUAUCGACAACGUUAAUGUUUUUUAUUUAUCCGCGUUUCAUUUAUUUUUCUCCCCCAUCUUAUUUCGGGUACUUUUAAAAUCUAAAGAGAGGUUUCAUUACGAGCUGUAUGAUAGUGGUUAUUUCAAAACUUUGCAGAAAUUUUCUAUUUCAAGUCAACAUCACAAUAGACGCGACUAUGCGACACUUUCAAUCAAAAUUAGUGUUAGAUACAAUUUCUGGCCAUCCCUAAGACACCAUGAAUCUAAAAUUCUUCUUGCCGCCAACCGCGGUGGUGGCUUUUCCUAAGCCCUUUCAAGACUUUGAUAUUUUGGCCCCUCCACUUUCAAAUACGUUUCGCCGGCCCUGCAACUGCGUUAGGGUUUUUGCGGUAGCUGAUUGGCCAAAACAUAAAUCUAACCUUAUUUAUAAUUACUCCUCUGGAGAUCAUUUCGAUCCCACUUGUAAAGAAAGUUCUGUUUACUUCAUCAUCCGACACUUCGCAAUGCGCGGAGUGCUGGAAAAAAGUUGCUAAAACAUGCUUUGCGAUUUCAGAGUGUCUUUUGAGUUUUGUUAAAACUACUUGAAAUGAAAAAACAACUAGCAUACCGUUUUAUCCACUAAAAAACAUUCGAAAAUAUUUUCUAGAAUAUGCUGUUUCUUAUAUGCAACAUCCUGCAUUUGGUUCUUUAUGAAGUCUACGGAUCUUCGUCAUUACCAUCAAUUUUUUACAAGCCAGGACAUGGAACAGUUUUUGAUACUUGGUUGUCAAGCGACUAUUUCACCUUCAAGUCCCUAAAAAACAUUCCAAACUACCCUGGCUGUCCAACAUAUGUGCAAAACGGAAACAGCUUUGCAACAAAUGGCCUGUGCGUAAAAAGCAAAAAGCAAUACGGACGUUAUCGAGCCUUUUUUGUUUCCUCGCAAACAGGAAAGCACAAAUUUUUUGCUGUAUGUGGAAAUCAAUGUCAAGUCCACAUUUACAAGAAUCCUAGUGGAUCAAUGAAACUAAUAGAUGUAAAUUACCAAACCGGGAUUGACUGGAGCUCACGGAAAACAUCGAAUGAAAUAGAUUUGCUCCAAGGAUACAGAUAUGAAAUAACAGCAUAUCAUAUUGGAUACUGCACAGGAAAUGAUUAUUUCAAGCUUGGCGUUCAAUUUCCUGAUGGAACAGAAAAUAAGCCAAUAGAAAGCCAAUACUUACUCAGAUCCAUGGAUCAUUACAAAUGGACUGGCUUGCUUGCUCAAAAAUACGACAGUUUCAGUUUUGAAUAUGAAGCGUCAAUAGCGUCUGUGUAUAGCAGAAAUCCAAGCUAUCCAGGUAGCCCUUCAUCAUUCACAUGCAAGUCUUCAUUGUAUGAUCCAUACCAGUACCAAGACUUCGGAAACUCUUAUGCGCUGCGCUACAUUGGCUACUUGAAAGUGCCAUCCACUGGUGUUUACAAGUUUAAAAUGUGGUGCAACGAGAUUUGUGAAUUCUUUAUUACCAGGAACAAUGUGGAGUCAAGUUUAGGAUCAUUCAUCAUCAAAAACUAUGCUAACCCAGGUUCGGUUGAGAUGAAUGCCGCACAGUUAUCAAAAGACAAUUAUUAUCCAAUCAAGGCAUUUAUGGCAGAAGGCGGAGGAUCUGACUAUAUUCGGAUCACAUACAAAGAAGGUAGCAAUGGAUUUCGUGAUUCAUGGGAUGGAAUGCUUCAAAAUUUAGAAGCCGCGGAGUCGAUAUUAGUCAUACCAAUCCCCGUUUUAACAAUGCUGACCUCUACCACCAUCAAAGUAACGCUGCCUGCUGCACCAACACUACCUCAAAGUGACAAUUGGGUAUCACUACAAAGCUACGAGAUACUCUAUUACAGAGUUGGAGACGAAAAUAACGUGCAGAAACUUACCUUAUCUGGUGCCCCUCCUGUAACUAUAAAUGCCACAGGAUUAAACAAAUAUACAGAUUACUCUUUUCAUGCACAUUAUUUGGGGAAAAUUGGUGGAGAGGACCAACAUAUCAUUUCAAAAGCUGCAGUACAGAAGACAGACGAAGAUGUACCAGACACAGCCCCAUCAGGCCUUGCAGCCUCAGCUCAAUCAUCAACAUCAAUCAAAGCGACAUGGAGAACUGUCUCUGAUCCUUCGCUUUGGAAUGGUGUGGGUACAGGUUACGAGCUUCAAUAUAAAGUUAAAAAUGCGGCCUCAGAAAGCUGGGUGUCAGAAAUCAGGUCCAGUCUCGGAAAUCGGCAGUUUAUUGCAACUGGCCUUCUAAAGUACACCGUAUAUGAGUUCAAGGUGGCUGGAAGGACGUCGAAAGGAACUGGAUUGUUCAGUGCCAUUGUGGAGGAGAGAACAAUGGAAGACAUUCCUAGCGCUGCCCCAGUAAAUAUAUCAGCACAAAACACAAGCUCUUCUAGUAUUCAAGUGAGCUGGGACAAUGUACCAUCAGAUCACAAAAACGGAAUCAUAACCGGAUAUAAAGUAUACAUCAAAAAGGCGAUAGGCGACCACCCGUGGACUAGUUAUGAGGUAACUGGAAAGUCAUUCACAAAGUCUGGCCUUGAUUUGUGGACAUUUUAUGACGUCAGAGUAUCUGCCAAGACUUCAGUUGGAGAGGGGACCAUAAGUAAUGCUACAAGAGUUAGAACUGAUGAAGACAAGCCUAGUGCACCUCCAACAGCGAUAAGCACGACUGCGUUGUCAUCGCGAUCUCUCAAGGUUGAUUGGUCGGUCAUAGAGCCUGCCCAUACCAACGGUAUUAUCACGGCAUAUGUUGUGAAGUAUAAAAGAGUCGAUGGGAAAGAUCUCGAAACCGAGACAACUGUUAAUGGAUUAUCUGCUGUUAUCAGCAAUCUUGCUGAAUAUGUUGAUUAUCGAAUCGAGGUUGCAGGCAUAACCAGCAAAGGACCUGGAGUCUUUUCAACUUCAAUCAUUCAAAGGACACUUGAAGACGUGCCCCAUGCUCCUCCGGUUAACUUACGGGGCAAUUACAAGAAUUCCACAGCCAUUCAAUUGUACUGGGAACCAGUACCAGAAGAGCAUCAAAAUGGCAGAAUAACCAACUAUACCGUGAAAUACAGGGAAAAAAUGGCAAAUACUGGUUGGAAGAAUCUGACUGUAUCUUCACCCAUCAUGCAGCUUGUCGUUUGCGACCUAGAUUUCUAUACGCUUUACGAGUUCAAAAUUGCUGCAUCUACGUCUGUUGGUUUGGGGCCAUUCAGUAAUGUGACUGAGAUUCGUACUGAUGCUGAUGUCCCAUCUAAAUCUCCGCAAAAUUUUACUGGACACUUCUUGGACCACAGAUCAAUAGCAAUGAAAUGGGACAGAGUACCUGAGAAAUUUAGGCAUGGAAUAAUAUUAGGCUACAGGCUGUUUUACAAAGAUAUAUCAAUACCUGAUCAGCCAUGGAAACAUUUGCUUGUAAAUAACUCUGUCAAUGGAACAGUUAACCUCAGGACAAACGUCACUGGAUUGAAGAUAUACACUCCGUAUGCAUUUAUGAUACAAGCUUUUAAUAUAAAAGCCUUUGGAAAACUAAGUGAGAAUGUCACAGUAUGGACAGAUGAGUAUGCACCUGAAGAGCCACCAAGAAAUAUAACAGGGAGAAAUGCAACUUCAACCGAAAUAGUAUUAAAAUGGAAAGAAAUGGACGAAGUAGAUGGAGAUGCCAAUGGAAAGGUUAUUGCAUACAUAGUGAAAUACCACGUGAUCGACUGCCAUGAAGAUCGGCCAACGGGCUGUGAUGAGCACCAAGUCUUCAACAUAUCGUCUAACGGGAGUAGUCCAGAAAUUCGUCUUCCGAAGUUGAGAAAAUUUACAAACUAUAGCUUUAGUAUUCAAGCCGUAAACAGCAAGGGGAAAGGGAACUUCUCUCACAAUAUCAAUGUAACAACGGAUGAAGACAAACCAGAUGCAUCACCUACAUUUGUUGAGACAUGGCCUUCAAAGUUUGACGCUAUCAAAGUAUACUGGAGCCCCAUACCUGAAUCCUUGAGAAAUGGCAUCAUCCUUGGAUAUAGAAUAUUUUACAAAUCGAUCGACACAGCGAUGCGUCAGUACCACAGGGCACCAAGAGCCAUCAAUCCAUUUGCAGUUUAUGGAGCAGAACCAGGUGAAAAGAUGAAAGAAGUCAAUGCAACUACAUUUGAAACUGAAAUAGCUGAACUGAAGGAUUUUUCCUGGUAUCAAGUGAGAAUUGGUGCUUUUACUUCCAAAGGAUUAGGAGUGACAAACACUAUAAAUGGAACAACAAAACAAGGAGUUCCAAUCGAAGCUCCAGAAUUGCACGUAGCUGACAUGUAUGGGUUCUACGAAGCGCUUCUUAGCUGGGAUCCUAUUAAACAGCAAACAGCACAUGGCGAAGUCAUAGGAUACAAAAUUGAGUACUGGCUGGCAGAAGCGUACGAUUUUCCUGUUCCAAAAACAAGCGUAGAUUUUAUCAACGUGUUUGAGCCAAACAGGACAGUGGUUAUCGAAAAGCUUGAUCCAUAUGGAAAGUAUGGCUUCCGAAUUCAGGCCUUUACUGAGGGAGGUUUUGGUGUCUGGUCCAAAAUACACUAUGGAAAUACUUGCAGAUGCCCAAAGCUGCUGUCAUCAGCAAGAAUCCCUUUACUGCCACUUGCAAAUGAGGAUAAUCUAAAGAUAAUCCCGCAACUAGUAGACGAGGCGACAACAUCUUGCUGUGGAAACUGCAGUGGAAGACACGGUAUAAGCUACGUUGAUUGGCAACGAGACGCACUAAACAAUACGUCAAUCAAAUAUAGCCGAGAACAAGCUUUGCAAGCGAUUGCAAACGGAACACAUUUGGCCCUUCCGAUUUUUAACGACGAGUUUGAAUUGCAAGGAGAUAUUCACAGCAGUGAAUAUGUCUUUAUACCGAUACUUAAUACAAGAAACGUUUUAGUUUUUAUGAAAAAUCCUACGAGAAAGGAAUUAGGAAAUGCAGCCUCAUCGGUGAUAAUAAGCUCUCUCUGGGAACAGUGGCCUUUGCUGUUGCUAUCAACAGUCAUUACAAUCUUGGCUGGCAUUGUUUUCUGGAUAUUGGAGUCAUCGAAAAAUGAAGAAGACUUUUCGAAAUAUAUCUUCAGAGGAUGGGGAAGUGGACUAUGGCUUGCUUAUAUUACAAUGACCACUGUUGGUUAUGGAGAUUUGGUCCCAAAAACGAAAAAAGGAAGAAUAUACACUGUGGCUUGGACUGCUAUGGGCCUCGUUCUCACCAGCAUGAUAAUUGGCAAUCUUUCCAGUUUAAUGGCAAUUGAUUUUGUUUUCAAGCCUGUCACAGCUUCUACAAACGGAAAGGUUCUGACAUCUGAAGACUUGUUUAUGGUUGCGACUCAGUUUUAUGGCCGAAAGGUUAAGAUAGGGAACGUAUCAGAUGGUCAUUUCAUCAAAAGAUCUUUGAUGUCAGGCAACGUAUCUAGAGUCCUGGUUGAUUUUUACCGAGCUGGAGCUCUUAAAGCCUAUCUCGAUGAUCCUGGCAUUGUUCUAGAAAAGGUGCUGAAUAUUCAAGGCUCCUUUGGCAUCGCCUUAUCUGGUGAAGCAAAGAGAAUCAAAUCUUGUGUCAGUCGAUAUGCAAAAGAAAGGGAAAAGCAGAUGCUGGAGGAAAUUAGAAAGAAUGUAGCUUCAUUUGAGAUUUCCCUGGCUCGAAGAACAGAGCUCAUAAGGUACAUGAUCGUUAGCGAGUCUGACAUAUUGGAAAUGUUGACCAAAUAUGGGGGAAUUCUACUACUUGUUCUCGUAUUGGUUGGUGCAGCUAUUGAAAUAGGAAAGAAGUGUAGAGGAAGGGCAAAGGUUACAAUGGCAGACACAGAGGCAGAGCAGUUGCUUCAUAGUUUAUCGACAGCCGUAAACAACCUUGAGAGAGAUGUGUCAGAGAAGAUGGAAUAUUUGCAAAGAAAACACGAAAAAGAAAUGUUAAAACUGAAUGGAAUGCAAUACGGGCAAACUUCGAAACUGGUUGCGAUGUAUCCAGAUCUGAAUAUGUUUGAUCCGGCAAUGCCAAAGUCAAAAAAAAGCAAAUACGCAGAAGAAACGCCAGCCUACAGUAUUGAAGAAAGCGAACUGCCUUUGUCUGAUGAAGAAUCUUUCAGUGACAUGCCUAUUGACUAUAGAACGGACUUCUAACUGUGACUUGGGGAUCAUGAAUUAAAUUUCACUUAACCAGACAUUAUCAAUUUGCACGUUAAAGAUGUUUCGCAAACCUGACAAAAACCGAAAACAAAUGUAUUGUAAUAUAGGUCAAUACAGGUUCACAGCUAGCAUUGAAUUCUUUUUAAGGCACUGACUAUGCCCUCUGGGUCUAACCUUUUCUCUUUAUAAGAAACUGAAUAAAUUAAUGCUAAAGUUGAUCAUCUCUUACCUGAACUUAUUGCUUCUAACGUCAGUGACGUCCGUUUCCUAUGACAAUGCAAAAUUAUUCAAAAUUGAACAUCAGGAUGUUCUUGAAAUGCUGUCAGUAGUUUGACUGGUCGAAGAGUACUUUUUUACAUUUACCGUAUUCGCUUGUGCACUCCCGCACUCUCUAAUAACCCCGCCUUUCUUCUAUACUUUGAAAAAUUAAUCCCUAAUCUCCAAUAACCCUGCAACGGGCAAGCAUUGGAAAUGUGCUUUGUGUUUAAAAUAAUUGUCGAAUAACGAAAAGAUUCAAGAACAGUUGGAUAACUGUACAAGGAAAAGACAUGUUUACGAAAAGAUGGCACAGCGCCUAGAAAAAGAAAGUGGCUACGAGCACUUCGGGUUUUACACCAGUAUUUCCUUUCCACGUCUGUUGGUUGAGUGCACUCUAAAGUGAUACUUUGUUCUAGACAUACUUCGAAAUUCUUCCUCCUCUGUGAUCUGAAUCUCUUAUACGCUCGAAUCCGUUUGCGAGAUGCAGCCAAUAUUCUGUUAAAUCUUGACUGUCGCGCUAUUAGAUGUUUCUUGCGAAUAAACUGCAUUGCCAGGAAAAUUUUUUUGGACAAAAUACAAUAAAAUGCGACUUCGGCAACUUCCAUCUUGAUCGUGUUUGUGGAAAGUUUGGUGUUGUCGUUGUUUUGUUGUUGUUGUUAUUUAACUACGCCAGCUAACCUGGGUUCACGCCGACUUUGUCUCCACAUCACAAAACAUGAAAAUCAAGUGUGGACAAUGCAGGGUUCGCACUAGGUUAAAUUUAACCUGGGACGAACCUGGGGCGAACCUGGGUUAGUUUGUGUAGUGUGGACAGGGCCUAAGUGUCUUGUCAUUUGAUGACAGCAAGAUGUUUUCAGCCAAUCAUCUUUCAUAUUUUCAAUCAACUCUCGUCAAGGUUCUUCGCAAAUAGUAUUGCAAAGUUUCCGCGCAUGUUUAAAUUUCAAACCCUCUUUCUAAAAGCAUAAUCACAAUUAGACUCUUGGCAUGUCAUCUGUUGACUUAAAACUAAUGGGGAAGUGAAAAUUGAUUGAAUAUAAUACAAAUUUUUUUAUACAUUUUCUUUGAAUGAGGAGUUUGAGAAUAAUUUUCGACCAUAAAACUUUUCUUCCCAUUGUGGAUAAGGUUUGCAGAUAUGACUACUCUUGUGAUUUAUAGCAUGAAGUGGUAUGAUCCUUAAAUAUAGAAUCUUGAAAAAUCGUUGUGAAACUUGGACAGCACUUGAAUCAAUCAAGGAAACAGUAGAACUUUAUCACGCAAUUGCAAAGCUGGUCGAGGAGUCACUUUCUUCUAAGAAAGAUGGCACCUUGACAAAAGUGACACAACACAAGUUUUUUAACAAAGAAAAAACACGAAGUCCGUUGUAUCAUAGGAAAUUAUUUAGAAGGGUCUAUUCAGUAGGGAAUUUGUCUAGAAGAAGAUGCUAUAGCCAAAAGUAUGUUAUAAAGAAGUGCAUUAUAAGUGGGGUACUUUCUUAAUGUCAAGUACCGACCGUUUGCCAGGGCCAAGUACACCAGUAUGUUAUAUCUGAAAGUAAGCUAUAACCA